GCAAUUCUUUGUGGGAGGGGCUACAGACCUAUAUAAUCUCCAGGCAGAGCUACUGAGAACUUAGAGUGAGUUAUAGUGUGCACAAGGAAGAAACUAUCAGGCACGUGGAAACAUGUCUGGGAAACCCAAGCUGCACUACUUCAAUGGACGAGGCCGAAUGGAACCAAUACGGUGGCUGCUGGCAGCAGCUGGGGUUGAGUUUGAAGAAUCUUAUCUGGAAAAAAAGGAUGAUCUGACAAAAUUACGAAAGGAUGGAUCCCUGCUCUUUCAGCAAGUGCCAAUGGUGGAGAUUGAUGGCAUGAAGAUGGUGCAGACCAGAGCCAUUCUCAAUUACAUAGCAAUGAAGUACAACCUCUACGGGAAGGACCUGAAGGAGAGAGCCCUAAUCGACAUGUAUGUGGAAGGAAUAUUCGAUCUGAAUGAGUUAUUCAUAUACUAUGAUAUCCAACCAGCAGAUAAGAAGGAGCAACAUUUUGCUAAUAUGAUGGACAAGGCCACAAACAGAUACUUCCCAGCCUUUGAGAAGGUUUUGAAAGACCAUGGACAAGACUUUCUUGUUGGCAACCAGUUAAGCAGGGCAGAUGUGCAGUUACUUGAAAUCAUUUUAAUGGCAGAAGAGUUCAAACCUGAUAUCCUUGCCAAAUUUCCUCUCUUGCAGGUAAAUGAAUGGAGAGUUUUAAUGGACAAUGCAUUGGAAAGGACCACUGAUUUAAACUGGCUGAGAAACAGGGGAGAGUGGGAGGGUGAGGAGAGAAGUGACUUAGAAAAUAACCAAAUCUGCUAAGUACUUUUAGCUGGCCUCAAAUACUGAUGGUUGUUGCCAGCUUCUGUCUUUGCAGUCACAAAAGCAUAAUAGAGGGAACCAUGUAGUUUCUUCUGCAGCAUCAAUGCAUAAUGUUACUUUUAGAGCAUGGAUAACAUCAAAAUGUCUGACAGUUACAAUGCUUCUUAAGCACAGUGCUGUUUUGGUUUUGUUUUGUAGAGUUUAAAAGCAAGAAUAAGCAAUAUCCCCACAAUAAAGAAAUUCCUGCAGCCUGGUAGCCAGAGGAAACCACGAAUACGACCAGAAGAUAUAGCCAAACUGAGAGCAAUUUUCCACUGAGCAGCAGCCUAAAGCAACAGAAACUCUCAUUUCAUUGUGUUUGCUGAUAGCGGCAAAGGGAAAUGAAUGAAAACAGUGAAAAGGUUGUUGAUCUCUCUUUCCUUAGCUACAGCACUGAUUUGAGACUACUGUUAACACUUCCUAGGGGAAUCUGUAUGACCAUACCAGAAAAUGGAAUAGUUCACUGAUUGGGAGUAUAUUGGACAACACAAGAUAUCUUAACUGACUAAGGAGAAUACCUGAAAUAAAGUCUUACUAUUGACACUCAAA